AUGCUGGCCGCCUCCGUCGUCCGUCGGGCCCUGCUGCUCUGCUGGCUCGCUGCCCCGCGGCCCGCCGGGCCCGAGCCCCUUUUCCACAGCCGGGACCGCUCGGACGCGGAGCCCGCCCCGCUGCGCCGGGCCCAGCCCAUCGCGGACCCCGUCGCUGCGCAGCGAUUCCUGUCCAAGUACGGCUGGGCCGACGCGCCCCCCGGGCCAGGGCCCCGGGGUCCCAGACCCGACGCGCGGCGCGCGGGCCCCCGGGCCACCGCCCUGGCCGAGGCCGUGCGCAGGUUCCAGAAGGUCAACGCGCUGCCGGCGAGCGGGCGGCUGGACGCGGCCACGCUGGCGGCCAUGAACAGGCCGCGCUGCGGCGUCCCCGACACGCGGCCCCUGCCGCCCCCGGCCCCCGGGCCCCCGCCGCGCCCGCCGCCCCGCGCCCGGCCCAAGCGCUACCUGCUGAUCAGCCCAGUGAGCCCUGCUGCAGAGACCUCAUCGAGCCCAGCAGGGCGCGAGCCAGGCCUGGCUGACCCUUCUCGCCACUCCUGGGGAGAACUAGCGCGUGGCCGGCACCUGGGCUGUCCUCGGGUUUUUGAUGGCAGCGGGCAGGAGUUUGCACAUGCCUGGCACCUGGGCGACAUCCACUUUGACGAUGAUGAACACUUCACACCUCCCACCAGUGACGCGGGCAUCAGCCUUCUCAAAGUGGCCGUCCAUGAAAUUGGCCACGUACUCGGCCUGCCUCACACCUACAGGACAGGAUCCAUAAUGCAACCGAAUUACAUCCCCCAGGAGCCUGUGUUUGAGUUGGACUGGUCGGACAGAAAAGCAGUUCAAAAGCUGUAUGGUUCAUGUGAAGGAUCAUUUGAUACUGCAUUUGACUGGAUUCGCAAAGAGCGAAACCAACAUGGAGCCGUGAUGAUGAGAUUUAGCACCUACUUUUUCCGCAACAGCUGGUACUGGCUUUACGAAAAUCGAAAUAACCGGACGCGCUACGGGGAUCCUAUCCAAAUCCUCCGUGGCUGGCACGGAAUCCCAACACAAAACAUCGACGCUUUUGUCCACCUCUGGACAUGGAGAAGAGACGAACGUUAUUUUUUUAAAGGAAAUCAGUACUGGAGAUAUGACAGUGACAAGGAUCAGGCCUACACAGAAGAUGAACAAGGAAGAAGCUACCCCAAAUUGAUUUCAGAAGGAUUUCCUGGCAUCCCAAGUCCCCUGGACACUGCCUUUUAUGACCGAAGAAAGCAGUUAAUUUACUUCUUCAAAGAGUCCCUCGUGUUUGCAUUUGAUGUCAACAGAAAUCGAGUACUUGAUUCUUAUCCGAUGAAGAUCACUGAAGUGUUUCCGGGAAUAGAGCCAGAGAACCAUCCCUUCAGGAAUAUAGACUCAGCCUAUUACUCCUACGCACACAACGCCAUUUUCUUUUUCAAAGGCAAUGCAUAUUGGAAAGUAGUUAGCGACAGGGACAGACAACAGCAUUUUUGGCUUCCUUCAAAUGGCUUAUUUCCAAAGCAGUCGAUUUCAGAGCGGUGGUUUGACAUUUGUGACGUCCAUACCUCCACCCUGAACAUGUAA